AGAAGUUCGUCAUAGUUUUCCUGCUUUUAUAAUCCCCAUAUCACUCAACACAAUCCUCUAGAGGCAGGUUUUCGUUACAAGAUGGGCACAAUGUCUGAAAGAGUGGGAGCGAUGGGUGGCAACAUGGGCAUCCCAUUUGACGAUGGUGUUUUCGAUGGCGUGAGGAAAAUAAUUGUCGGAAAAGACUGGGACUGUGUUUCUUAUAUGAAGAUUGAGUACGAAAAUAGUGACGGAAAUUUUGAAACCCGUGAACAUGGAACGAUUCGCGGGGGACUUCAAGAGUUCACAGUGGAUUAUCCGAGUGAAUAUAUCACAUCCGUUGGUGGAAGGUACGAACACGUUCCGAGAUAUGGAACCGUUCUUAUUAGAUCGUUAAUCUUCAAAACCUCCGGUGGAAGGACCUCUCCGAUACUCGGCUAUACGACAUCAUUUGGACAUCCAGCUGGGAGAGAAUUCAUGCUGGAGGGUAAAAAUGGUGGAAGGCUUCUAGGUUUCCAUGGACGUUCUGGUCAAGCUCUUGAUGCCAUUGGACCUCACUUCUUCGCUGUGAACUCUCCUCUUAAGCACUUUAACCGCCAAGGUGGGAAUGGAGGUAGUGCUUGGGAUGAUGGCGCUUUCGAUGGUGUUAGAAGAAUACUCGUUGGACUAGGUGGAAGGUUUAUAAGUUUUCUCAGGUUUGAGUAUGCAAAAGGCCAAAGAAUGGUGCCACAUGCUCAUGGGAAGAGGCAAGAGGUUCCACAGGAGUUUGUGGUGGAUUAUCCUAAUGAACAUAUUACGGUAGUGGAGGGAACCAUCGAUGGUUACCUUACAUCGCUUAGGUUUAAAACAUCAAAAGGAAGAACCUCCCCUGCCUUUGGCAAUGUGGUUGGCAGAAAAUUUGUGUUUGAAGAAAAAAAAUUCAAGCUUAUCGGGUUUUCUGGCCGGUCUGGUGAUGUUAUUGAUGCUCUUGGUGCAAACUUUGGCCCUUAUCCAGCUCCUACCCCAGCUCCUACUCAAGCUUCCGCUUCCACAAAGAUGGGACCGCUCGGUGGUAACAAGGGCAACGCAUUCGACGAUGGCAUUAUGGACGGUGUGAAAAAAAUAACCGUCGGAGCAGAUGAAUACAGUAUAACUUAUAUCAAAAUCGAAUACGAAAAGGAAGGAAAAGACGAAAUCCGUGAUCACGGGACGAAGCGCGGAGAACUAAAAGAGUUUUUUGUGGAUUAUCCGAAUGAAUAUAUCACAGCUGUUGGUGGAAGCUACAAGCAUAUUUUCAACUACGAUACAACGCUUGUUAAAUCACUAUACUUUACAACUUCUAAAGGCUUUACUUCUCCAUUGGUCGGGGAGAUGAAGGGAACAGAAUUCGAGUUCAAAGGCGAAAAUGGAGGAAAGCUUGUUGGAUUCCAUGGACGUGGUGGCUAUGCUAUUGAUGCCAUCGGUGCACAUUUUUCUCAAGCUCCAAUCUCUUCUCCAUCUUCUGUCAUCAAAGUGGAAGCUGUAGGAGGAAAGGGUGAAGAAACAUUCGACGAUGGUUCCUUUCAUCAUGUAAGAAAAGUUUCUGUUGGUCAAGGAAAUUCCCAUAUAUCAUAUAUCAAGUUUGAAUACGAAAAAGACGGUAGAAGAAUAACACAAGAGCACGGACAAAGGACAUCUCGAGGAACCGAGGUAUUCGAGGUUGGUCAAAACGAUGGCAUCACAUCUGUGAAAGCUUACUACGAAAAACUUGAUGGCUGGAAGACAGAAACUAUAACGCAUCUUGCAUUUAAGACUCUGAAGGGCAUAAACUCUCAGACCAACCGCAACGGAAGUCCUUAGCGAUUCUUAAGGGUCAUUACCAAAGUUAAUGGUAAUAUAAAAACUAUAUUUCAGCAUAAUUAUCUAAGGAUCAACCCGUAAGUAAGGGGUCGAGGGAGCUGAACCUUGGGCGACGUGGCAGGUGGGUAUUGGCGGAAGAUUCAUUCGUCUUUGGUGUGGACGGAAAAAAAAAUUCAUUUUCGACGAAGGAGAGAAAAAAAAAGAAAGCUGUCGAGAAAAGGCGAUAAAAGGCGAUUUCUAAUCGAUUUUGACGAAGAGACAUAAUGGGACAAGAUUAUUCGUAUACACAGCCUUCUUCUUCAGCAGAGUCGCUUGACAUGACGUACCUUCUUGAAGCAGAAUGUGAAUUGUACAAGGCUGAAGAUGACAGUAGGAUCUUGCAUCAAGUGUAUGGAGACGAAGCUGAUGAUGGAAUGCCUUCGACAUGCUACUGUGGUUCUGAUGCAGUGGUUGCAACAUCUUACACGCGUAAAGAUCCAGGGCGCUUGUAUCUGACCUGCGAGAAUGUAAACGAUGGGGACUGCCACAUCUGGAAGUGGUGGGAUGUAGCUGUUACGGAGGAGCUCAGAGACGUUCAGACACAGCUUAGGCUGGUGAAGGAGCAAGCAUUUGAGUGUGACCAGAAGCUGAUGAAGCUACAAAAGGUGGUGUGUGAGUUAUCUAAGAAGAAUGCAGUGCUUAGAAAUGGCUUUGCGUUGCGCGUCUGUGUAAUGGUCGCUGCACUACUCUUGGUUGGUUUGGCGGUGAUGUUUCAGUCUGGAAGAGCUUCCAAGAAUUAAACCAGAGCCCCUUCCGUGUCUGUAUAAUUAAGGUUCAGCAGUAGUCAGGUCCAGCAGUAGUCACGGGUUGUGAAGAUGGUCACGGGUUGUGAAGAUGGUCACGGGUUGUGAAGUUGUCUGAAGUCACGGGCCCUUCUUUUAUCUAGUUUCUGUAGUAUAAAGUAGUAGUCUCCUUUGUUGUUGCUAUGUAUCUCGUUCUCCUACUCUCCUCAUCAUCAAACAUCUUCUGCUACUUCUUGUAAUAUUUGGAGGAAAGACCUUGCUGCUGUAAUAUUCGACUUGCUUCUGGAAACAUUUUCUGUAAUAUUCGACUUGAUCAGUUUAUCUUUUGGUAACAUUUCCAAUUCUAUUUACUUACUUCUCU